AUGAUUCACAAUCACCUUCCUCCUACUUCCAACGCAAUCAUCCCUAUCUUCCCUAAUCCAAAUCUCCAACUUGCUUUAUCUCCAAGUUACCAUGAAAGCCCUAGAAAGAAACGCACCAGAACCGUUGCAUCAACCUCUAGUCCUUCACCAAAAAAAACAAAAUACACUAAGCCAGACCCAAACACUCCCAAAAUCACACGUCCGUGUACCGAAUGUGGCAAAACGUUUUGGUCAUGGAAAGCUCUCUUUGGUCACAUGAGAUGUCACCCUGAGCGUCAAUGGCGUGGCAUCAACCCUCCUCCUAACCACCGUGGCCCCACCCGAACUUUAUCAUCGUCAAAACAUCUAAACCAGAGAUUCUCACUUAUGUCCGAGGAAGAUUAUGAAGUCGCUUCGUAUCUCCUAAUGCUGUCUGAAGCCAAGCCGUUAUCUCCAAGUAGUAGUGGUGAGCGGUUCGAGUGUGGAGGAUGCAAGAAAGUGUUUGGAUCGCAUCAGGCUUUGGGAGGACACAGAGCGAAUCACAAGAACGUUAAAGGAUGUUUCGCGAUCACAAACGUAACCGGUGAUGAUCCAGUAACCGUAACUAGUAACCAAGAUCAUCAUCAGGGGAAGACGGUUACGUUUUCGGAGCGUCAUAAGUGUAGUAAUAUAUGUUAUCGAGUGUACUCUAAUGGUCAGGCUUUAAGAGGUCACAUGAGGUACCACUGCUGGGAGAGGGAAAGGGAGACAGUGCUCGUUGGUGCGUUGGAUCUGAAUGUUCCUGUAACAACACAUGAUCUCUCUUCUUCGGACACAUCAGGAUGUUCAUUAGAUCUUAGGUUAGGACUUUAA